UCAAACUCCACCAUCAGAGACCUCAAGGCCCUCACAUCUCUCAAACCCUUCAUUCUCUCCCAGAAAAGACCCAUUCUUCUGGGCUGGCUCUGCAGCCUCGUCUCCGUCUACUCCGUCGCCGAAAUCGUCCCCAAAAUCGGAAAACUCUCCGCCCAAAUCGGAAGCUUGGACCCGGUGACAUUGAAGAAUGAGGGGUUGGUUUUGGGGGUUUUGGUGUUGGCGAGGCUGGUGGCUGUGUAUUGGCAGCAGGCGUUUCUCUGGGAGGCUGCAUUGAAGGCGGCGUAUCGGGUUCGGGUUCAUGUCUGGGAGAAGGUUCUGGAGAGGGAUUUGGGGUUUUUCGAAGGGGCCGGGGCCAAACAGACUGGGGAUGUUGCUUAUAGGAUCACUGCUGAGGCCUCGGAUGUUGCGGAUACUGUGUAUGCUGUUUUGAAUACUGUUGUACCCAGUGCUCUGCAGAUUUCGGUGAUGGCGGUGAAGAUGGUGGCUAUCAGUCCUAUGUUGUCUGGGAUUUCAGUUGUGGUGAUUCCGUGUAUGGCUCUUGUCAUUGCUUAUCUUGGUGAGAAACUCCGAAUGAUAUCUAACAAGGCCCAGCUCAGCACUGCUGCUCUCUCUGCUUAUCUGAAUGAGGUUCUCCCUGCAAUACUUUUUGUGAAAGCAAGCAAUGCAGAGUUGUCGGAGAAAACUAGGUUUGAGAAGCUUGCUCACACUGACCUCUGUGAGCGUUUGCAAAAGAAGAAAAUGAAGGCACUUAUCCCUCAGAUCAUACAGAUUAUAUAUUUCGGAGGGCUUUCUAUGCUGUGUGUUGGUCCAAUGGUAUUGUGUAGUAGUUCAGUCGAUAUCUCUAGCAUAGUUUCGUAUGUAACCUCAUCGAUUUUUCUGAUCGAGCCCAUUCAGGGUGUUGGAAAAGCAUACAAUGAAUUGAAGCAAGGACAACCAGCUAUAGAACGGUUGUUUGACCUGACCAGGUUCAAAUCAACGAUGAUCGAGAAUCCAGAUGCAAUGGACUUAGACCGUGCUGCAGGGGAGGUGAAAUUUUGUGAUGUGUCAUUUAAAUACGGAGACAAUGGCCCUCUUAUUCUGAAUGGAUUGAGUCUGCAUAUUCAAGCUGGAGAGACGGUUGCUCUUGUUGGACCCUCUGGAGGAGGAAAGACAUCCCUUAUAAAACUACUUCUUCGACUUUAUGAUCCCUUAUCUGGUCGUAUACUCAUUGGUAACCAUGACAUCAAGAACCUCAGGUUGACAAGUUUGAGGAGACAUAUUAGCCUCGUUUCUCAGGAAAUAACAUUAUUUUCAGGUACUGUUGCUGAAAACAUUGGAUAUAAGGAUCUGAUGACAAAAAUUGACAUGAAAAUGGUAGAAGAUGCAGCAAGAACUGCAAAUGCAGAUGAGUUUAUCAUGAAACUCCCAGAAGGAUACAAUACCAACAUUGGACCAAGGGGUUCAACUUUGAGUGGAGGUCAGAAGCAAAGACUAGCUAUUGCAAGGGCUCUCUAUCAUAAUUCUUCGAUAUUGAUUUUGGAUGAAGCCACUUCUGCUUUAGAUAGCAGGUCUGAGAUUUUGGUGCAGCAAGCUGUUGAACGCUUGAUGGAAAACCACACGGUGCUGGUUAUUGCUCAUCGGUUAGAAACCGUUCUGAUGGCUAAACGAGUAUUCCUUUUAAAUAAUGGAAAACUUGAAGAGCUAAGCCGUUCAGAUCUUUUGGGUGGUCAGCAUGUAUCGAUGGGGCUUGUGACUUGAUUGUCAUGUCAAAAAGAAGUGGGAUCAUUUUUUUGGCAUCAAUCCAGAGCAUUUCUAACAAAGCCAAGCCUGACAUAACAAGCAUCAACCAAACGACUAAUACUGAAGAAAUUACAAAAAGCGAGAAGAACCGGCGUUUUUGCUUUGUAACGACUAGAGACGGUUCUAAUAGAAUUUGAUGAACAGUUGUGCUGGUCCGAUGUAAGAGCAUCUCCAAUGUAUCAGAGGUAUGUAAAUCAAAAUGGCCUUGUUUCUGUUUCCCUACAGAGUAAUGGUCUAAUAGACAACUUUUGCAGGCUUUCUUUAGAUACAUUUGAUUUUUCCAAAUGCAAAUAUGUCUUGCAAAUAAUCAGGGGACGUAAAAAAAUAGUUCGUCUUUUGGUCAUACCUCCCUAAGUCUUAACGUCUGAAGGAAAGUAAAGAAAAUAAUGGGAAACUUAGUUUGAUCAACCGUAUGUUUUAAUUAGGAUUAAUUCUUAGCCUACUAAAUCAAUAAGACCAAGUAAUCCAGUCCAAAAUGAAUCCAUCAAAAUUUAUUAAGGUUUGGAUAUGAAAUAUCAGACCAGCUUUCUUUUACAUCGAUUUUUCUUCAAAACGACUAUGCCAGUAGAAACUGUGUUGCUUCUAUCUAACAUCUCUUUAACAAUCUUACUCUGGUGGGGUAGAUAAACUAUGACCGUUUUCUCCAAACACUGAGCAUGCUGGAGCAUAUAACUUGUGAACUCCAUUCCAUUGGAUCCAUUGGAAAGAUCAAUAGUAAUCUCUUUAAGCUUACAAAUAAAACCAAGAUUUUGCUGCUCCCAGUAUCCUACCUUGAAACCAGAUAUCUGGAGAAAUGUAAGACACGAAGCUAAUCAAUAGAAACUUAUCGGAAAACUAACAGUGACAAUUAUACAUCAUGAAACUGGUAAAGAAACUCACAUUAGAUCCGAAGUCGAGUAAAGGUGCAGUAGACUUGAUGUAUAGAGUACUCAAAUUAGGCAGUGCUGUGAAAAGACACACCAUAGAUGGGACCAAGUCAUUGCUGAAGCUCCCAAUAUGCAGUUGUAGAUAACAAAUAUCACCAAACAAAGUUGGCAAGAUUCCUU